CACGCGUGUGCGUGUACGCGCGGCGGGGGCGGAGCCAUCGCGCUCUCGUUCUCUCGCCCUGUGCGUCCGUCGGUCUGCUGGAUGCUCGGAUGGACGACUGGCGGAGGGGGCUGGGCUUGUUUCUUUCCUCCUCUUGGCUUCGCGAUGGCUGUUACGUUGCUACAAGCUCAGGAGUUGUUGGUCCCUGCUGCUGUCUUUCCAACGAGGCCCCGAGACAUUCAGAGGGGGACGUGAGGAGCUCGUAAAAACUGGUUGUAGCCCUCCUCAGAGAUUAGAUGUGUCUUGAAUAACAUCAAAAUGAGCAACCGUCGAAAGCGUGCGCCUCCAUUGAGGAUGAAUGAUGAGAAAAAGAAGCACCUCUGCUGGAAUAUGCAUGAAGACCGGAAAAAUGAAGUGAUAGACUUGGAUGCAGUGGAUGAGGACCACCCUCUUCCAAGUACAAGUUCAUCUUCCGCAGUACUUAUUGUUAUAAAUGAUGAUAGUGUUGAUGAAGACUUGUCUCACAAAAGUAAUGGUCUAAAAUCCCUGAACUUCUCAACAGUUAUAGAUGAAGCUGAAGAUUCUUGCCAUGUAUUGACAUCUAUAUCUGUACAACUUAAUAUUGUAAUAUCUCCUUGUUCUGAUCCUUCCUGGAAAACAUUGCUUGGUGAAUUCAUUCUACAACCUCUGCCUGGGCAAUUUCUACCUGAUAAUAUCCAUAAAAGAAGUUUUACCUUGAUGAGAACUGAAUCUAGUGAUCAACUGCAUGUCUGUGCUCAUGCAAAGAGCAUUGAGAAGGUGGAUGAGACAGAAGACUCAGCACUGAGUGCUUACAAAGAAGAUGUGUUGGUUGAAUCAUCUUUAAGUAAUGAAAUGUUAGAAGAUUUGAUGUGGUUGCAAAAGAAGAGGGUCAUUGUUCUUUAUCAAAAAUCUGGAGAUGCUCAGCGUCUGAAGGUUGGAAUUUAUCUUCUAGAAGUUGGCUUAAGCAAACUAGAAUUUCUUAGUGAUGGUGGUGGCAGAAUUAAAAAGGCCAACCAACUCAUUCAGAAACUGAUGGAAAAAUUCUAUGACUUUAUAAUUCCAGAUAUACUGGAAGAGGAUGAAGAGUCUGACAGAGAUAUAGAGAGGCAGAAUAUCGAAGAGCUUUAUGACUAUGUGAGGCAUACACACCAGAAAGAAACACAGUUUUUGAAGGAAAAUGUUCAGCACUCUGCAUUAAUUCCUGUGCUGAGGCCAUAUCAAAGUGAGGCUGUAAACUGGAUGCUACAACGUGAGAACUUCAGAAAUCUACCUACCAAUGAAAAUGCCCUCCACUACUUAUGGCGAGAGUUUAUUACUUUAGAUGGAUUAAAACUCUACUUUAACCCUUUUACUGGCUGCAUUAUCCGUGAGCGCCCAAUUGCUGGGCCUCAGUGGCCUGGAGGAAUAUUGGCGGAUGAGAUGGGCCUUGGGAAAACAGUAGAAGUAUUGGCUCUCAUCCUGACACACACUCGAAAAGACGUCACACAGGAGGCUCUGAUGUUACCCGAGGUUGAGGCAGUGGUCAGGAGCAUGUUUUAUCAGCUUUGGCUGAUAUGUCAGCUACGCCCAUUACUGGAGGGUUUUUUGGUAAACUUCUUUGUUCCACCACAACCCACUGAAGGAAGCAAAAAGAAAAACAUAAAGAAAAUUGAACUUAAAUUGAAAGAAAAAGUUCAGUAUCCUAGUUUGCGAGUGAUGCUUUUAACAGCUAUAAAGGAAAUGAAUAUAAAGAAGGGAGCAUCUAUUGUAGCUAUUUUUAAAUAUAUCCAUAACAUAUAUAAAUAUGACAUUCAGAGAAAUCGUCGAAUUCUUAAAAGGACUAUGGAAAAAUUAAUUGUGGAGAAGGUUGUGGAACAGGUCAAAGGCCAUGGUCUUUCUGGUUCAUUCAAGUUGGGUAGAAACUACAAGGAACACAAGUCUUGUAAUAGAUCAACGAAACAGAAAACAAAAACUUCAGAUGAAGUUCAGGAGAAAACCUCACCAAGUUAUAAGAAUGAAGCCAAAGACUUCGGAGGUAAGAGUACAUGCUGUGCAAAUGCUCUGAAAUCUCCUGUGUCGGUAGAUAUCAGAGCGGAAGAGCAUGAUUACUGUGCAACCAGCAAAGAUAAUAGAAGAUCAAAACGGAAACCUAAGAGUUGGAAAACGGACGUAGAUCCUCGGCAUAGACUUGUGGACACAGAAUCUGCUGAUUCUCCAGGCAACGUGCUCAUUUCCAAGCAUAAAACGUGCCCUGUUGCUCGUGUUCCUAAGAAUGCCGAUGAGGCUCAAGAGCAGCAGAAUGUCUCAGAUGACCAGCCCCUAGUGUCUCAAGAACAUGCCAAUAUGUUUGUACAACAUCCUGGUUCCAUUUUCCCAUUCAAUACCUCUGAUUACCGCUUUGAAUGCAUCUGUGGUGAGCUUGGCUUAAUUGACUGUAAGGCACGUGUGCAGUGCCUGAACUGCCACCUGUGGCAACAUGCUGAGUGUGUGAAUUAUAAAGAAGAAAACCUGAAGAUCAAGCCCUUUUACUGUCCCCAUUGUCUCGUGGCAAUGAAACCAGUUCCCACGGGAGCAACUCUGAUCAUUUCUCCAAGUUCUAUUUGCCACCAGUGGGUAGAUGAGAUCAACAGGCAUGUGAGAUCAUCUUCUCUUCGAGUGUUGGUUUACCAAGGAGUGAAGAAACAUGGUUUCUUGCAGCCUCACAUCUUGGCAGAGCAGGAAGUAGUGAUCACCACAUACGAUGUACUUCGUAGCGAGUUAAAUUAUGUAGACAUUCCUCACAGCAAUAGUGAAGAUGGCCGCCGGUUCAGGAACCAGAAGCGGUAUAUGGCUAUCCCAAGUCCCUUGGUAGCUGUGGAGUGGUGGAGAAUUUGUCUGGACGAAGCACAAAUGGUAGAAUGCACCACUGCAAAAGCAGCAGAAAUGGCUCUCCGUUUGAGUGGAAUCAAUCGCUGGUGUGUGAGUGGCACGCCAGUGCAGAGAGGAUUGGAAGAUCUGUAUGGAUUAGUGCUUUUCCUUGGAGCUGAUCCUUACUGGGUCAAAUAUUGGUGGGAUCAGCUGCUGUACCGACCUUACUGCAGGAAAAACCCACAACCUCUUUACAGCUUCAUAGCCAAGAUAAUGUGGAGGUCAGCUAAGAAGGACGUGCUUGAUCAAAUUCAGAUCCCCCCUCAAACAGAAGAUGUACACUGGCUUCAUUUUUCUCCUGUGGAGAGACACUUUUAUCAUCGGCAGCAUGAGGUGUGCUGCCAGGAUGCUCUGGCAAAGCUCAGGAAAAUAUCUGACUGGUCCCUCAAGCUUAGCAGCCUGGAUAGGAGAACAGUUGCUUCCAUUCUGUACCCUUUGUUACGUUUGAGACAGGCCUGCUGUCACCCGCAAGCUGUUCGCGGAGAAUUCUUGCCUCUUCAGAAAAGCACGAUGACUAUGGAAGAGCUUCUAACAUCGCUGCAGAAAAAAUGUCGAACGGAAUGUGAGGAAGUCCAUAGACAACUGGUGUGCGCUCUGAAUGGCUUAGCUGGUAUUCAUAUUAUUAAAGGUGAAUAUGCAUUGGCAGCUGACUUGUACAGAGAGGUACUGCGUUCCUCUGAGGAGCACAAAGAGAAGCUCAAAACAGAUUCACUACAAAGACUUCAUUCUACACAUAACCUGAUGGAACUUCUGGCAGCAAAGCAUCCUGGGAUAUCGCCCACCUUGCGUGAUGGUAGACUUCAGGAAGAGGGUGAACAACUUCGUCAACACUAUAUGAGUAAAUCAAAUGCGGAAGUUGCUGAAGCGCAGCAGGCUUUACAACCAGUUGUACAGACAAUCCAUGAACUCCAGAGGAAAAUACGCUCUAAUUCACCUUGGUGGUUGGAUGUCAUCCAGUCAGCAAUUCAAUAUGCCAUUGAUGAGGAGCUUGUUCAGCGGGUACAGAAUGACCUAACCAGCAACUACAAGCAGCAAACUAAUAAACUCUCCAUGGCAGACAAAUUUCGUGACUGCAGAGGCCUUCAGUACCUGCUUACAACUCAAAUGGAAGAAGUAAGGAAAUUCCAGAAACUUGUAAGAGAGGCUGUGAAAAAUCUGGAAGGCCCUCCUUCCAAAGACGUUAUUGAGGCUGCCACCAUCUGCCAUCUUCGACCUGUAAGGUUGCCACUAAACAACUGUGUAUUCUGUAAGGCUGAUGAAUUGUUUACAGAAUAUGAGUCAAAACUAUUCUCCCAUACUGUAAAAGGUCAGAUGGCAAUCUUUGAGGAAAUGAUAGAAGAUGAAGAUGGCCUAGUUGAUGACCGCUUGCCUACCACAAGCAGAGGUCUCUGGGCAGCAAGUGAGACGGAGCGCUCCUUGAAGACCAUUUUGUCUUUUGCCAAAGCUCACCGAAUGGAUGCCAGGGCAAUUGAAGAAGGCAGCAUCUUCUUGGAACUUUUUGAAGCAUGGAAAAAGGAGUAUAAGUUGCUUCAUGAAUAUUGGAUGGUCCUGAGAGAUCAUGUGUCUGCCAUUGAUGAACUUGCCAUGGCUACAGAACGACUUCGUGUGCGCCAUCCAGAGGAGCCCAAACCAAAUCACCCUGUUCUUCAUAUAAUUGAGCCACAUGAGGUAGAACAAAACAAAGUGAAACUUUUGAAUGACAAAGCAGUUGCCAAAUCACAGCUUCAAAAGAAACUGGGUCAGCUCCUAUACCUCACUAAUUUAGAAAAGUCUCAGGAUAAAACAACUGGAGGAGUUAAUCCAGAACCCUGUCCAAUCUGUGCUCGGCAACUGGGACAACAGUGGGCAGUGUUGACAUGUGGACAUUGCUUCUGCAAUGAGUGCAUAGCUAUUAUUAUAGAACAGUACAGUGUUGGCACCCGUAGAAGUUCAAUAAAGUGUGCCAUCUGCAGGCAGACAACAUCACAUAAAGAAAUCUCCUAUGUCUUCACUGCAGAGACUGCAAACCAAGAGGAUGAUAUGCCUGUAAAGGGAAGUCACUCUACCAAAGUGGAAGCUGUGGUCAGGACUCUAAAGAAAAUCCAGUUCAAAGAUCCGGGAGCCAAAUCCCUAGUUUUCUCAACGUGGCAGGAUGUGCUGGAUAUUAUUGCAAAAGCUCUAUAUGACAACAGUAUGGUGUUUGCACAAAUCAACGGGAUUAACAAAUUUCAGGAAAAUCUCUCAGCAUUUAAAUAUGAUCCCAAGAUCAACAUAUUGCUGUUGCCUCUCCAUACUGGUUCCAAUGGCUUAAACAUCAUUGAGGCGACUCAGGUCCUCCUCGUGGAGCCCAUACUGAACCCUGCACAUGAACUGCAGGCUAUUGGCAGAGUGCAUCGUAUUGGGCAAACAAAGCCCACCAUUGUUCAUAGGUUCUUAAUAAAAGCGACAAUAGAAGAGAGAAUGCAGACUAUGCUGAAAACUGUAGAAAGGAGCCACUCUAGUUCUUCCAUGAAGCAAUCGGAGGCUGCUGUGUUAACAGUAGCUGACUUGGCAGAUCUUUUCUCAGAAGAAACUGAAGAAAUUGAAUGAAUCCACGUUUCAUGCUCGUUGAGAUCAGGAGGAGGACCAUCACCUACUUAUCUUCUAAGCCACACAACUAUAUUAUUAGUUAAUUAUUCAGAAAUUCCUGUAGAUGUCACCAGACACCCACCCUUUUUGAACUGUAUGAAUUGGUAAGUCUAUUUUAACAGUUUCCACUAUGUUCUGUGGCUGUGGAUUACUUCAACACGUUUUAUCUUUGUUAAAUUAAAAUGAACAAUUGCACUUUACACAAACGCUAUAUAAACUAUGACUUUGUACUUCCAAAGAAUAUGAGCAUCCUGUCCUAGUUCUAGCUGCAUGUAAAAAUGCUGUUCAUGUGUGACUAACUAUGCCAGAAUGUGGAUGUUCAACUAAACAUUGUGCAUCUCCUGGAAAGCACCAAGUAUGGGAAGACAACACUGAUUUAUACCUAGGGUUUCUAAUUCAACAAAAGAGAUGUGUGCACAUUUCUGUGCUGGAUCAGGGUGUUCAACUAGACUUUGAGUAAAGAAAGCUUUGCAUGGGUAUGAGAAGGGUAUUAAAUCAUGAACCAAUAGCUUCUCCAUCUUAUUCAUAACAUUAUUAAAUAAGUUCCUGAAUAAGCAAAACUCUUCUUUCAGAAAGGGCUUCUAGUGGUGCUGCCAUUUUGAUCAUGCAAGUCAUUUAAUGCUUUAUCAGUUAACCUAAAUUACUACUACUUAAAAACUGCUUUGGUAUUUGUAAUCAUUUUCUGGAUGUUGAUGCUGUUAAAGAAUUUUGGUUUUUGCUUGUUUAUGUUUAAAUGUUUUAACAUCUCCUGUUUUCUUGAUGAUAAAUUAUGUCUUUUUAUAUGAUCUUUGGCCUCAAUGAUACUAAAAAAAAUCUAUUUGACAAAUUUUUAAAGAUGCUUACAAUUUUAUUGCUUUGUUUUCAAAUUUGGAUUCUUAUAUCCUAAUAAACUAAUAAAGCUUCCUUUUUAUUGUU